UCAGCGAUGAUUAAUCUGCCGUCAAGUACUAUGGGCGAAAUCGGCGAGGUAUUUCCCCAUUUUAAGACCCGUUCAACAGCAAAUUGUAUCUUUGGAUAGGAAGGUUUUGUUCCAAGAGAAGUCCAAGAUGGAUAAGACUGUGAGUCUUAUUGGAAGGUAACACUGGAACUGUUCGCCAAGUUGAAGAUGGAGAAAAUCCCGGAGGUCACAAACCCCCUCCGAGUACACCAAGAUAUCACCAUGGUGAAUGGUCACAGUUCAGAGGUCAUAUCAGAAGAGGAUGAAUACACGGAGGUCAACGGGACGGAGUCGAACCACCACCAGCCGAACGGCGGUACCGACUACCUCAGUAUGAAGAACAUCACAGAGACUAAUCUGAGUAAACUCCACGCAAAGACCGUUGAUCAGGGGAGAGGUCCCACAAAUGGAUUCUGUAAGCUGAGGGUCGGCGCUGAGCAGCUCCGGUCUGAUGAACCAAACCAAGUGCAAUGUCCGAUGAUCGGCUCCCCAAUGAGCCCUAACGGGGACCUGACCAACGGGGAGACCCUGGACCCCAAGACCCUAAGCCUCAACUUGCCUGUGUCGUUGGUAUGUGAGAUACCACAACAAACUGAAGAGGAUCGUUCUAGCAGCAGUCCAACUGUGGUACAGAAGGGAAUCACCCCGGUGGAUGUUACGAUCAGUAUCAAAGAUAAACUGCCUCCUCCGAAGGAGUCGUUACUCUUAAGACUGUUUGAAUCUAAGCUUCUUGAUGCAUCCAUUGCUAUUACCCACUUGUACAGCUCCAAAGAGCCUGGUGUGCAGACUUAUAUUGCCAACAAAUUAUUCAGUUUAGAAGAGGCGGACUUUGACUUCUACUUGCCGCAAGUUCUCAAUAUUUAUCUCCAUAUGCAUGAUCUAGCAGAGGUCCUGCGACCCUACAUUAUUCACCGGUGUAAAUCGAGUAUAGACUUUUCACUGCAAGUAGUCUGGCUCCUUGACGCCUACAUGCAGGAUACGGGGGUCCAGACCCGUAAACACUCACGAGGCACUAAACUCAAGAGACUGAUCUUAUCCGAGGAGUUGAGACCGGCGAGUAAGAGUAGUAAGAAAGAUUGCUCGGGGAGUAGUGUGAGUAACCCACCUCUGAGUCCUACUGUCCUCUCACCGACGAAGAAGACUCAUUCCAGAUCAAGAUCAGACGCUUCUUGUUCUCUUGUCCAAUCAGCUGUCACUCUUCGCCGGGUCAGCAGCACAACCUCAGCAGCCUCUAUGGGUGACCUCUCCUCGGGUCAUGCCUUCGAUAGCGGCUGCACCUGCUUUGAUAACACUGCCAAUGUCUUGAAUGCAAUGAAGGGGAGGUCAAAGGUCAAACUGGAGUGCCAUUGUCAGGCACCAAGGCUAGCCGUUGAGGUUCAGUUUAUCAGUGCACUGAUGGCUAUUGGCAAUAGACUCCAAGGGCUACCUACAAGAGAAAUGAGAACGAGCAGACUGCUAGCAGAAUUAUCGAUGCUCAAUAUGAAUCUUCCAGCUAGGAUCUGGCUCCCGACCCACUCUGACUUUGACUAUCACAUAGUACGCAUUCCUCAUGCGUCUGGAGUUGUCCUCAAUUCCAAAGACAAGGCUCCAUACCUCAUCUAUGUUGAAGUCCUGGAGUGUGAGAACAAGCACACCUCCCCACUGCCUCAGAAGAUCCUGGAGAACACGCUCCGUUACACCAAAUCCGAGGAGAAUCUUCAGAAGUAUUUCCACAGUGACAAUCAGAUAUCGCAGACACCGCCGGGAACCUUCUCUGUCUACCAUCAGAACGACUCGGAUCACGAUUGUUGGUCCCAAGAAGACGAUGAGAUACUACAGUCUUACCAAUAUUCAAAGAAGAACGGUUCAAGUGAUACCAUAUCCCAGAUGUCACAUGACAGUAUAACGAGUACCGAUAGCAGGGAACCAGUGUAUAUCGCUGCAGGAGACGUCAGACGUAGACUAACUGAUUACCUGACAGCACCAAGUACUUACUUCAAGCGAGAUCCUGAGGAUCCAUCAGCCGCUGCUCUGAAGGAACCUUGGGAGGAGAAAGCUAAGAGGAUUCGAGCAUCUUCACCUUAUGGUCAUCUUCCUAACUGGCAUCUCAAGUCGGUCAUCGUUAAAUGUGGAGACGAUCUCAGGCUGGAGUUAUUGGCUUAUCAGCUUCUUAAGCAACUACAGAACAUCUGGAAGCAGGAGCACGUUCCUCUCUUCGUUCGUCCUUCUCACAUCGUUGUGACGUCAAACAACAGUGGACUAAUUGAGCCGAUCAUCAACGCUGUAUCUCUACAUCAGAUUAAGAAGAACAGCAAGGUGUCAUUGCUCCACUACUUCUAUAGUGAGUUCGGUGGGCCUAGCACAGAGGGAUUCCUAACAGCACAGAAGAACUUUGUACAGAGUUGUGCUGCAUACUGCUUGGUCUGUUACCUGAUACAGGUAAAGGAUAGACACAACGGUAACAUUCUACUGGAUCCUACUGGACACAUCAUCCAUAUUGACUUCGGUUUCAUCUUGUCGUCAUCACCGAGGAAUCUUGGCUUUGAAGCGUCCCACUUCAAGCUGACUGCAGAGUUUGUUGAGGUGAUGGGCGGUCUAGGCAGUGACAUGUUUGAAUAUUUCAAGAUCUUGAUGCUACAAGGACUGAUAGCUGCCAGGAAACACCAAGAUAAACUGGUUCAACUAGUAGAGGUCUUGCAGUCAGGUUCCCAGUUGACGUGUUUCAAGCAAGGAGCGAGUACAGUCCGAGCCUUCCGAGAUCGAUUUCACAUCAAUCUGACUGAGGAACAGCUUCAACUAUGGACUCAGAACAUGGUGGAGUCCAGCAUGCAUUCACUCACCACUAGACUGUAUGAUGGAUUCCAAUAUCUCACCAACGGAAUCUUCAUAUGAGUGUCUAGGAAUGACCCGGUGAAUCAUCAUUGGGCAUGUAUGCUUUGUUUUUUGAAGGGCAAGGGCACCAAUGCAUUUUUCCUCGGAAAGGGGAAAUGAGGAAAUUGUAAAUUUCUACUGAAGCAUUUCGAGGCCACCAAGGCAAUGACCAGGGGGCAUGGAGGCAACCAGUGGACGCCCCAAACCACUUACUCUUAGCAUGACGCCUGGCACACUAAUCUUAUCAGAGUCGAAACAUUUGGGAGUUGAGUUUCCAUACAGUGGGAUAUUUUGAUAGAUUUGGCAGUGUACGCCCAAACCAACUACUCUUAGCAUGAAGGAUGACACACUAAUCUUAUCAGAGUCAAAACAUUUGGGAGUUGGGUUUCCAUAGAGUGGGAUAUUUUGAUGGAUUUGGCAGUGUACCCCCAAACCACCCACUAUUAGCAUGACACCUGGCACAUCAAUCUUAUCUGAGUCAAAACAUUUGGGAGUUGGGUUGCCAUAGAGUGAGAAAUUUUGAUGGAUUUGGCAGUGUAUGCCCAAACCAACUACUCUUAGCAUGAAGGAUGACACACUGAUCUUAUCAGAGUCCAAACAUUUGGGAGUUGGAUUUCCAUAGAGUGGGAUAUUUUGAUGGAUUUGGCAGUGUACCCCCAAACCACCCACUAUUAGUAUGACACAAGGCACACUAAUCUUAUCAGAGUCAAAACAUUUGGGAGUUGGGUUUACAUAGAGUGGGAUAUUUUGAUGGAUUUGUGAUACUGAACCCUCUAACUGCCUUUUCUUAGCUUGAGAACUGCCUAUUCUUAGCUUGAGGCCUAGCUGGCACAUUUUUGUGUUGAAAUGUUGAGUUCCUGUAAAUUGGAGCAUUUUGAUGGAAUUAGGGCCGUGCCGGGACACUUUCAAAGUUAACUUCCUCUUUAAUCAUGAAUAUUCAUGUAUUGUAAAUAACUAGCAUAUUAAUAACAAUUAAUUUGCAUGUGUAUACAGUGUAUAGAAUGUACAGAUAUACAGCUACUGAUAUUUUAUAUGAUGUUAUAGGACCCUGUUGGCAAUGGGCAGAUGAUCUUAGUGAAUUGAAUUUCUAAAAACGACUGGCUGUUUCACAUCUUCUAGGGGAGUCCACAAAAUGCAUGGCUGUUCUAAAUCCAUUUUGGGUAUCUAACCUCAUUUAUAAAGAAUGCUACUUCAUGUAUGCAUGGCUGUUCUAAAUCCAGUGGGGUACGCUUCUCUUUUCUAAAAUGUACGCCUUCCUGUUGUUAGUUGUAAAUUGUCUGUUAAUGGCUUUUCUCAAUCCAGAGGGGGGUAGUUUUAAGAGGGUUGCAGGAGUGAGUGGAUUUAAGAAUUGACAUGACCACCAUGCAUUUCAAAAUCUGUUAUUUAUUCUGCAAAUAAUAAACAAAAGAGGGGAACAUCAAACCUGGGCCCAUGUUCAUAGAGCUGUUUACGUAUAAAAAGUAGCCAAGCAAAGCAAUAUUAUGCUUACCAGAUUAAGGUUACCAGCCAAACUACCAUGUCACAUGUACAAUUUGUGAUUGGUAUCCUGCUCAUUUCUGCUAAAACAGACAAUACAAUUUGGUCCCUUUACUGGGGUAAUAAGUUGCUGACAAAUGGACUCGACUCCCUCUAGAGUUUGAACUCUCCCCCGUCAACUUUGGAAGUACAAUGUUCAAAAACUAAACAGUGCACUGUUGUUACUUUUCCCUCACACUGCAGUGUGAGGAAAAACUUGUUGAAUUUUGUCAGUUAAUUAUUCGGUGUCCAGAUGGGACAAUAAUCAUCCUGUUGGUAUUAAAAUGUUCUUAUGUCGGCAUUAUGGUAAAGUAACACAAAAAGUAAUAUAAUAGUCAAUUUAAUUUAUUUAUGUAUAUGCUUUAUUAUAGGAACGGGUGUAUUUUGAGAAAAUUCCACUCGCAAAUAUUUAAGAUAUAACGGUCCAAGUUGAUCAUAAUAUUUGAACAUUCUUGAUCCGAUUUAAACAUUUGGACAUCUGUCAUUUUAUGAAUGCACUGUAGAUUUGGUCAACUUUGUUUAAUGUGUGCCUGUCACAAAAAUAAAUGCAAAUAUGUAAAAACAAAUUAGUAGUUAUUGUAGAUGAAAAUUGGCAAAAACAAUGCAAGAAUUUGUGUAAAGAAACUUGAACUGUGGCGAUUUAGACGGAGAAACUUGUCCGUCAUGAUGAGUUGAGAUGUUCAUUUCUUCCAUGUGAGGAAAUGUGGGUUCAAUGUCUGAUGUUUAAGAAUGGUAUUAGCUUUUUAAUCUGGGCCCAAUUUCAUAAAGCCUAUUAGGGUAAAACAAAAAACUUGCUAAGCACAGCAGAAAUCUUGCUUAACAGAAACUGGUGACCAGCCAAAAUUCCACAAUGUUUACACUGUUGCAACUGGUGGCUGGUGCCCUGCUAAUGAUUUGCUUUUAAACAAAGACAUUUGCUUAGCAGUCUUUUCUGCUUAACAGCUUUAUGAAAUUGGUCACAGGUCUCAUGUUGAGUGGGUCCAAACUUGCCCUAGGCUAGGUUUUCACUAAGCACUUAGAUUCAUCUUAAGAUGAGUUGUUAUUAUUACCAUAGUGAUUUGUACAGACAAUACAUUUUGCUUAGUCAUUUAAGAUCAAUCUCGGUUCUUUCUGAAAUCAAGCCAUGAAGUCUUCUAAUCUUAUUAAUUGGCAAUUUUGUAAAGUUGGUGAAGUGCAUCAAUGCAAACAUUGCUUGAAAGUUGGGUUAGACAACAUUGCAAUACCUUUUUUUUUUGAAAGCCCCUUGAUAAUUCCCGUUUAUGCUAUGUCAUAUUUUGAUUUGAUGUGACCUUAAAAUGACCUCCCUGACUUUUGUGAGGGGUCGUGCGAAGGAAUGACUUGAGAAUGGUUUCAAAAUGACCUUGGAGUUGUGAUAUAGAUCAAGGAGGAGUAGACCUGGGUGUAUGUGGUCUGAGAAUUGCAUGUUAAUGAUUGUCAGGAAAGUGACCCAGGUGGUAUGACCUUAAACUGACCUCUGACCUCUAAUGAUUAGUCUCCUUAUGGCCCAUCCUUUCUGGUGUGUAUUUGUGUUGUGUUUGAUAAGUUGGCCCAUAUUGGAGACUACUUCAGUGGGGGUGUGUUUAGUAGAAACCUUGAUCUAGCUGCGGCCAUUUUGUUUUUCUCUCUAACCAAAACGAGGCUGAGGAAAAAAUAGUCGGGUCCUUAUUUGGUACAUUGAUCCAUGUCUGAGA